CCUUCGUGUUGCAGAAUUAACUAAGCUGCUAUAGCAGAUAUAGUUCAGUUACAAGUGCAGCUUACGAUACAAUUUUUCCAUUUCGGAUGCACUUCGCGUCCUGAAAAUCAGCUUCGGGUAUAAGCAGCAAAAUGUUAUUUUAUAAUAUCCUUUGGGUUAACAAAUGCUGUGCCACCGACACAUUCACAUCCAUUGCCAGCUGUUCCUGCUGCAGCUCCUGGUGAUGCCCCUACUUCAGGGUUCCCCCGUUUCGAGUCCGGAGAUAGCUAGUAAGGGUUCCAAGUCCCCGAAUGGCCUGCCACAGGUGCAACAGCAGCAGCAACAGCAACAGGAGGCCCACCUGAACUCGCUGAGUGCCUAUGCCAGUGGCUAUGACAUGGCCCAGAACCAGGCUCAAGUCCAAAAUCAGCUUCAGGGCCAGAUUCCAUCACAAACGGAUCCGGCAUUCAAGCCCUCGUACAAGAUGCCCGAGAUGGAGACCAACUUCACGCCCAUGCAAACGGCGGGAACACCAAGUGUGUCCAGUUUACCGUCUACUCCCAUGCUCAUGCAGUAUCUUCCGGCCCAGGCAAUCCAGGAUGGAUCCGGAAACUCGGUUCAGUACCUUCAGCUGAUACCCACCCGCCCGAUCAUAGUGCCCAUUUCGCCGUACCUCUCGGCUGCCGCAGCAGCCAGCGGAUCUCAACCUGCAAUCUCCGCCGGCGCACAGCCAGACUUCGGAGGACGAACGGCCACUGUUUUGAGUGCUCUGCCGCCCAACUACGCAGCUCUGCAGGGUUACGCCAGUGGGUCCAUCAAUCCAGCCGCCGCCUUCCGCAAUACCUAUCGGAUCAAUCGCGAGGCCAAGGACAAACACUUCCCGCCCUCGUUCUCGCUUAAUCUCAACGAGUACUUGCCAGCCGCCUCGUUGGGACUGACCGGAGGCCAUGACGCCUCCGUCAAUAGUCCACAUGUGUAUCUGCGGACCAGGUCAUAGGAUGUCAGCUACCGCCAAAGUCUCGCAACGUUCGAGCCUCUUUUUCUCUUCCGGAAUAAAGCCUUAUAUGUAUAUAUGUAAAGUGAGCCUGUGAUUAUUUUAUGCAAGUCUAUAUCCCACUCAAUUCAAUCUAAGCCUUUCCACCUUGAAAUGUUACACAAUACGAUACGAGUACAACCUACCCGACCAUCUUGUGAUUUUAGAAAUUGGUUUUCCCAUAAUUCAAGAGCCGCGAUUAAUAUAAUGGAAAAAGCAGCAGUAUAAUGGACAGUAUAUAGCACAUAUGGCAAAACAGUUUGCUUCCCAUUCAAUUUACAUAACUCCCUUUUAUCUGAGUCACUGGUGUCGUUCUUCAGCGGCCUUCCACCUUUCGUUUCGUUUUCACACCAACCCAAACACCGCCGUGCUAAGAAGACCCAACAAACCAACCUAACGAAACCCAAAUAAACACAAAUGAAAUCCAGACGUUAUCGUAUCUAGACUGUUUAUUUGCACAGCGCCAAAUAGGGGACAGUGAGCAAACAAACACACCUUUUAGGCUGGAACCCCCAGCCGAAGGUCGUCUUGGUCUUGUGCAGAAUGCAGGCC